AUGGAGGAGCAGGUGGAGGAUCUUCGUGACAAAAUGAGGUUAUUACAGGUGGAUCGAAAAAGCAAUAUUCAUUUACUUGAAUCCAAUAAACAAACGAAUAAGGAGUACAUUCGUCAACUUAAGAAUGAGAAUCAAGAACUGCUCAAAGCGCUUGCAGACUUGAAACGAACUUCUUCUGCAGGUGGAGCUGGAAUUGUGCAAAUGUUUGGAUUUCCAGCUGCUAGCAAUCUAAACGGAUCAGGAGAUGAAGCGGAUGAAAUUGUGUCGAUAACACAACAGGUGAAUAAAGCACGGAAACAGCAUGACAAUUUCAGGCAUCGUGUACUAUCGCAAACAACAUUGCUGGAGGAACUGAAAGAUGAAGUUAAAGAUUUGGUGCUGGAGACGAAAAAACCGAGCUUAGAAGACACACCGGAGACUCGUAAGAUUCGUAUGCUGGAGAAUCGACUAGACAAAGCAAUGAUUAAAUUUAAUGAGGCUCAAAGUAUUCGUAAAACAUACGAACAAAUUGUUAAGCGACUCAAAGAUGAGCGUAUCGGUUUUGAUAACCAGCUAGCAGCUAUUGAACGGGCAUUGGCUGCAAAGCAGCACGACUAUAACGAGCUAUUGCUGUUAUCAGCUGAUGCUACACAUUCCCGUGAUGCAGUACUGCUGGAAUUAGAAAAAGCACGAAUUCAACAUGAAGAUGAAAAGCGACAUCAUGAAAAGGAACUACGCGAUAAGCAGCACUACGUGAAGAUUCGUCUUAAUAUUUCAAGCCGACUAGACAAGCGCGAGCGAUUGAAAGGCGCUGUUAUUACAAAAGAGCUUGGAGAAUUAAGUCCAGAAGGAGAAAGUCAGCUUGAGGCGCCGCUAAAGUCUACAAUAACACAACAACGCAGUUCAGAAGAAGAGAAAAAAGAACAUCGUAGUAAAAUUGACAUAUUCGAAAAUGCCUUCCGAAAAAUUAAAGAGGCCACGGGGGUCAGUGACGUGAAUGAAGUUAUUCAAAAAAUCACUAGUCAGGAGAGUACGACAGACAGCUUGAUGAAUCUUUUGAAGGAGAAUCAGGCUCGAUUGGAGCGAUUACAAGACGAGCAUGGCGGGCUUAAGGCUCAUGUUGAAGAGCUCAAGUACAGUGGAUCCAAUGGUGGUGGUCACAGACGGAAACUUGUUGACGAUCUAGAGCAGAAGUUAAGCUUGGCUAGUAUCAAAUUGGAACAGGCAAAGCUUAAAUAUGAACGUUUGGCUAGGAUUUUAAUUGGUGUCAAGGCUGGAGUUGAACAUCUCGUGGAUAAGAUGGAGAGCAUAUGUGAAAAUGAGCAAGUUAGUGUCAUUACGGACGACACAAUUGUUGAGGCACUACAGGAAAGUGAGGUCACCCUGACACUUUUACUCAGCCGUAUAAAGCUUGCAGAAUCUACAAAAUCAUCGAAUCAAGCAUAUGUGAACUCGUCAGAUGUGGAACAACAGUCAGUUCUUGAGAAGCAUAUGCCUGAAGAUCAACCAAAUAGCUUCAUGGCAUCUGAAAGUCGAAUGUCGAGUUUAAAUUGCGAGAAUCUUGUUGCCCGACCAUACAACCAGCGUAUUGUAUUACCAGGCAUCAACGGACGUACUGCUGAGGAUAUCAAAAUGGAUGAUCGGGGUGCUAUUACGAAUCGAAACAGUUCGAGGGACGACACAGAAGAAGCAUUGAGUCGUGAUCGUGUCAAACGGGCUUCUUCUCAAGUCAUACUAGCACAUGACAAGAACAAGAAGCGAGUGAUGAAAAAAAAGCUUAAGGAUCAUAAUGAAUCAUCGGACGAAGAAGGUAGCGUUGUUACUAGUAUAAAUGGAGCAGUAAAUGGUAGUCCUUCUGAUGCACCAUCUCGAGGGUUUACAUCUACAAAGCGUGCAAUAUUUAAAUCUAGCAAAAAAUAA